UUUCCGGUGUUGUGAAUGUGUCUGGAAAGAUGGCGGUCAGCAUCCGAGGCCGUCCUAUCCGGAGUAUACGGAUGCGAGGACGGAAUGACAGCGGGGAGGAAAACGUACCGCUCGAUCUCACCAGAGACCCCGCCGACAACCUGCGCGAAAUCCUUCAGAAUGUGGCGAAGCAGCAAGGCGUCUCCAACAUGCGGAAACUGGGCCACCUAAACAACUUCAUCAAGCUCCUCUUUAAUGUAGGCCACUCCGAGGACAAGUUUGGCUUCACUUAUGAAGAAAUCAUCAUCUGCUUGCGGUUGGCCCUGCUGAACGAGGCCAAGGAGGUGCGUGCUGCUGGCCUCCGAGCGCUCCGCUACUUGAUCCGAGACACCGCCAUCCUCCAGAAGGUCCUGCGUCUGCAGGUGGACUACCUGAUCGCCAGAUGCAUAGACAUCCAGCAGAGCAACGAGGUGGAGCGAACACAGGCUCUGCGCCUGGUGCGCAAGAUGAUCACUGUGAACGCUCUAGUCUUCCCGAGCUCAGUCACUAACUCCCUCAUCGCCGUGGGCAACGAUGGACUGCAGGAAAGAGAUCGCAUGGUGCGAGCCUGUAUAGCCAUCAUCUGCGAGCUGGCACUGAAAAACCCAGAGGUGGUGGCCCGUCGUGGGGGCCUGAGCACCAUCCUGAAGAGCGUGAUCGACUGCCAGCUGAGCCGCAUCAACGAGGCGCUCAUCACCACCAUCCUGCACCUGCUCAACCACCCCAACACGCGCCAGUACGUGCGGCCUGACGUCGAGCUGGAGCAAAUCCUCGCACCUUACACAGACUUCCACUACAGACACAACCCUGACACAUCGGAGGGACAGCUCAAAGAGGACAGAGAGGCUCGUUUUCUGGCGAGUAAGAUGUCCAUUGUGGCCUCCUUUCGCUCCUGGUCAGGCAUCAUUAACCUCUGUAAAUCAGGCAACUCUGGAAUCCAGUCCCUGAUUGGCCUGCUCUGUAUACCAAAUAUGGAAGUGAGGAGAGGGUUGCUGGAGGUCAUGUACGACAUCUUCAGACUCCCUGUUCCCGUCGUCACACAGGACUUUAUCGAGGCACUGCUCAGUGUGGAUCCCAGCAGGUUCCAGGACAGCUGGAGACUCUCUGAUGGCUUUGUGGCCUCAGAGGCCAAAAUGAUUCUCCCUCAUCGAGCGCGGUCAAGACCAGACUUGAUGGACAACUACCUUGCUUUGGUACUAUCUGCCUUCAUUAGAAGCGGACUCCUGGAGGGUCUGAUCGAAGUGAUCACUAGCAGUGAUGACAGCAUCUCAGUACGAGCUACCAUUCUCUUGGGAGAACUUUUGCACAUGGCCAACACUAUUCUCCCACACUGCCAUAGCCACCACUUGCACUGUCUACCAGCCCUCAUAAACAUGGCUGCCUCCUUCGACAUCUCCCAGGAGAAGCGACUACGUGCAAGUGCUGCCGUGAACUACCUGAAGCGCUUCCAUGAGAAGAAGAAGCGCGGCCCGAAGCCCAACAGCCUGUAUCUGGACCACAUCAUCCGCAAGUCCGUGGCGCCGCACUACUGCAGAGAGCAGCAGCUCCGGCCCCAGAGAGACAUCUUCAGCAUCAAAGACACUGAGGAGGCGCUGAUGGCUAACCUGAGGGACAGCCACAUCCUCAUCCACAAACAGAACCUGGACUGGAACUGGGUCCUCAUCAGCACCAUACUCAAGUGGCCAAAUGUAAACCUGCGGACCAACAAAGAUGAGCCGAUGCACAAGUUUGUGCGGCGGCUGCUGUUCUUCUACAAGCCCAGCAGUAAGUUGUAUGCCAGCCUGGAGCUGGACCACAGCAAGGCCAAGCAGCUGACCGUGGUGGGCUGCCAGUUCAUUGAGUUCCUGCAGGAGUCAGAGGAGGAUGGGCAGGGUUAUCUGGAGGAUCUGGUGAAGGACAUUGUCCAGUGGCUGACAUCGUCGUCGGGUCUGAAGCCGGACCGCAGUCUCCAGAGCAACGGGCUGCUGAACACGCUCAGCCAGCACUACUUCCUGUUCCUGGGCACCCUCUCGUCCCAUCCUAACGGCGUCAAGAUGCUUGAGAAAUGUGGCGUAUUCCAGUGUCUGUUGAACCUCUGCUCUCUGAAGAACCAGGACCACCUGCUGAAGUUGACCGUGUCUACGCUGGACUACGGUCGCGAUGGCCUGGCUCGGGUCAUCCUGUCCAAGAUCCUGACCGCAGCCACCGAUAACUGCCGUCUAUAUGCCACCAAGCACCUGCGCGUUCUCCUACGCGCCAACGUGGAGUUCUUCAGCAACUGGGGCAUCGAGCUGCUGGUCACCCAGCUUCAUGACCGCAACAAGGCCAUCUCUAUGGAGGCGCUGGACAUCCUGGACGAGGCCUGCGAGGACAAGGCGAAUCUACAUGCACUUAUUCAGAUGAAACCAGCACUUACCCACCUGGGCGACAAGGGCGUAUUGCUGCUUUUACGGUUCUUGUCUAUCCCAAAGGGCUUCUCCUACCUCAAUGAGCGGGGAUAUGUGACAAAGCAGCUGGAGAAAUGGCAGAAGGAGUAUAAUCUGAAAUAUGUGGACCUGAUUGAGGAGCAACUAAAUGAAGCUCUCACUACCUACCGCAAACCAGUUGAUGGAGACAACUACGUACGCCGCAGCAACCAAAGGUUACAGAGGCCAAAUGUUUAUCUGCCAGUGCACUUGUAUGGGCAACUCGUCCAUGAUAAGACCGGCUGCCACCUAUUGGAAACCCAGAAUGUGGUUCCUGACCUAAGCUAUACGGUGAGAUCGCCUGUGCUGGACAAAUGGGAAGGCAUCAAGCAGCUGAAGGCAGCUCUCUGGGCACUGGGUAACAUUGGUUCGUCUAACUGGGGCUUGAACCUCCUUCAGGAGGAGAAUGUCAUCCCGGAUAUCGUUGCUCUGGCCCAGCACUGUGAGGUUUUGUCAAUCCGAGGGACCUGCCUGUACGUGCUGGGCCUCGUCUCCAAGACCAAGCAGGGCUGCGAGCUGCUCAAGCAGCAGGGCUGGGACGCGGUGCGACACAGCCGCCGGCAGCCGUGGCCCGUGGUGCCCGACGAGGUGGUGGAGCAGCAGCACCAGGUGCACCAGCACCAGCAGCAGCAGCAGCAGCAGCACCACCUCCUGCCCACCAGCCUGCUCUCCUCCGGGCCCAGCACACUCAGCCUCAACUCGGAGUCGACCAGCUCGCGGCACAACAGCGAGAGCGACUCCACUCAGCCCAGCAUGUAUAUUCUGGACGAUGAGAAGCUAGAUGUGUCUGACCUGGCAGAGGAGCAGCCGCUCUACAUGCGGCCCAAGCUUCUGAAGGACCGCAGCCCUUUCACCAUCCUGGCCUCCAGUCGCUUUGUGCGCAACCGCUUCCUCAUCUCCCUGUCGGGCAAGAAGCUGCGCAGCACCAGCGACCCCAAGGGCAGCGGCCUGGGCAAGACCCAGUCGGAGCCCAAGCUGGGCGGCCUGAGGCGCAACCGCACCGUCACCGAGCCGUCGGCGUACUCGCCGGGCAGCGGAGGCGGCGACGUGUUCAGUCCCGUCUUCCCUCCGUCAGACGGGCAGCUGAUGCCACGCAGCCCCACGGUCAGCUUGGAGACGUCCUUCGUGGGCAACAAGGCUGGCGAGAACCAGGGCAGCACGCCUAGCAUCAGUGAGCUGGAGGAGCGGCCGCCCAAGUCCAGCAGCGGCGGAGUGGGCGAGGCGGGGGUUACCGCGGCGACGGUGCCACCGGUGAUGGAGCAGACGAGCCGGGAGAGACUGGCGGGGGGCGACGGGCCGGGCGGCGGGGGGGUGCACUUCAAGAGCCGCAGCCAGAGCUUCAACACGGACACGACCACCAGCGGCAUCAGCUCCAUGAGCUCCAGCCCGUCGCGUGAGACGGUGGGCGGCCCCGACUACCCGGGCAGCGGCGGCACCACCACCACCACCGCGUCGUCCUCGUCGGCGGCAGGCGACACGGACUGCGCCAGCCUGGCCACGGUGGUGAGCGCGCACACGCUCCAGACCCUCCAGUCCCUCCGGACGCCGCCGGCGGCGCGGUCCGACCACCUGUCGCUGUCCAAGUCCAGCUCGGUGCUGCUGGCGCCGCCAGGCUCCUCACACACGCUGCCCCGCCGCGCCCAGUCGCUCAAGUCGCCGUCGGUGGGCGCCAUCGCCAGCCUGACGGACUGCAGCAGCAGCAGCAGCUUCAUGUACACCAGCCCGCGCGACGCGCUGGGCUACGCCACGCUCAAGCGGCUGCAGCAGCAGCGUCUCCACGCCUCGCUCUCCCACAGCGAGGCGCUCGCAUCGCCCGCCAAGGACGUGCUCUUCACCGACACCAUCACCAUGAAGACGGGCAGCCUGGACUCCAGGCUCACACCACGCAGGUACACUAAAAAGCGCUUCAGCUGCCUGGGCCAAGGCUCAGCAGGGGGCCCCCGCAGGCAGCCCAGACUGCCCCUCCCACGGUUCCUGAAGGCCCUGAGUUUUGCCUCUCUGGAUAAGGAGGACCUGCUCAGCCCCAUCAGUCAGACGACCCUCCAGCGUUCCUCCUCGGUGCGCUCCAUGGUGUCCAGUGCCUCCUACGGCAGCUUGGACGACUACAUCGGUCUGGCCCUGCCUGUGGACCUCAACAACAUGUUCCAGAUCAAAGAGACGCCAUAUUUCCAGAAGAGAACAAGCCCACCAUCUGAGGACCGAUCAGCCAAGUUUUUUGCUGGAGAAUCUGAUGGUCCCAGUGAAGGCUCUCGGCACGCUGUGCUACGCUCCCAGCUGAGCAUUACGGAGCUGAUGUCGGUGAGCCGGGCUGACCAGCAGCAGCUGCUGGACCUGGAGGAGACGGGUCUGCAGGAGCACAGCGAGGACAACUGCCUCUACUGCGUGGGGCUGCAGGUGCUGGGCUGCAGCGCCAACAACUCCAGCUCCACCACCCCCAACCGACCAGAAUACGCUGACGUACCAUACUCUGAGUGGUGCACACAGCCCAUCCAUAACCAGCUGGAGGUGAUGCCCCAGUCCAAGUUCUCUGGAGUGUCAGGCUGUAGCGAUGCUGUGUCCCAGGGUUCAGUGGGCAGCACCCGCAGCACAGAGCUGGUGUUGGGGGUGAAGUCCAUCCCUGAGGAUGCGCCAGCCUGUAGGGUCCUGCUCAGGAAGGAGGUCCUGCGGCUGGUCAUAAACCUCAGCUCCUCGGUGGGGACAAAGGGCCACGAGACUGGACUCCUCACGAUUAAGGAGAAGUUCCCAUAUGCGUUCGAGGACAUCUGCCUGUACUCGGAGGUGUCCUACCUCCUGGCCCACUGCAUGUUCAGGCUGGCCUCCCGCCGCUUUAUCCAGGAGCUCUUCCAGGACGUGCAGUUCACGCCGCUGUACGAGGAAGCCGAGAGCAUCCUGUCCAUGCCGCCAAAGCUCGGCACGGUAGAGCCCUCUGCCAAAUCGUGAAUCCUCCAGCCUCAGCCCCACCCCAACCCCUUGUGUCCUGCCUGGUCCACCCUCCUCGCUCCCUCUGCUCUGUCUUCUUUGCAGGCGCGGUGUCCAGUCUACACCACACCAUGCCACCCCACCCACCCACCUCCUCCUCCAGCCUCCCAAUCUUCUCCUUCUUAUCCAAAGCCUGGGAGCACUUGUUACUGCACUACUAAGGUUCCAGGCUAACGAUAAGGCUAGAUGGACAGAGACAAUGAUGGAGGAUGGAUUAUUGGACGAUGGGUGUAGAAGAGAUGUCUUCAAAACGUUUGGGAGGCAUGUUGUGGUAAGCAGGGUUCCAUAGAGAGAGAACAUGAAGAUUAUUUUCCUGUAUGAACAAAUAAAAGAGGGACAGAGGAUUGCUAUGGCGAAAGAGUGACUCACUGAAAACUGUAGGUGUUGCAGAGCCACUUGAAGUGAGUUGUGACCAAAACAGAAGCUUGCACCAGUCAUCCGACAACCGAAGCACUGAGCCGUUGUGGUCCGUUUUCGGGCCAUGCCAACCACUCUGUAAAAAUCCAGAUCACACCAAACACAUAGAAAACAAACAAAAAAAAGUUAAAAGAAGAAUCUUUAUCCUGCUCAGUUCUGUCCAGGUUUCCGUCUUCCCUCUGCCUUUCUCUAAACAGUUGCAUCCUGUCAUGGACUGAUAUGAAAUGCCAGAAAAAAUGGCAUGAUUCCAGCUCUACUCUAUUUCUCUGUAGCGAACUUACAAAGGACUAACACUACAAGGAAUUCCAGGAAUUCCAAGGAAUUCUGUUCGGAUCGCUUCUUAACGGACGUGGCCCAUCAGUGUCUCCAUUAAGAGGCUUAUUUAUUGCUGAUGUUUUUUUUUUUCUUUUGUUGAGUGAUGCACUUUAUCAAAGAACAACACAUGAUGAGCGGUGUCUUGGUACAUCACAUUUAACCAAUCAGACUAUCAGUGGUGCCACAUGGAGUACUUUCCCAUUAGAAUUGCAGCCCAACCACAGAUGUUUUUGACCACAUAAACAUUUAAGUAUUAAGUUAUAUUUUUGGAAAAAAAAUGGCUGGUUUAUUUAUGUGUAUGUGUGUAUAGUCUAUGGCGGCCAAUAAUAUUGAAAUGAAAGAACUGAAGCCUUUUUAAAGCUUGCUCACAUACCCCAUGGGUUCCUCAAAUUUGAUAUCUCACCAAUGAGGAUGUUUCCCCACUUUCCCCCUGAAUGAUGGUUGGUUUUGUAUCAAUGAACCCUCCUAGCAGUUUUGAACCCCAACAAAAAGUGUAUUAUUUUAGGGAAAACUAAAAGUGGUUUGUUUUGUAUCAAUUAACCCUCCUAGCAGUUUUGAACCCCAACAAAAAGUGUAUUAUUUUAGGGAAAACAAAAAGUGGUUUGUUUUGUAUCAAUUAACCCUCCUACCAGUUUUGAGUCCCAACCAAAAGUGUAUAAUUUUUGGAAGAAGAUGCUAUUCAUUCUGAUCAUUUUCUGGUUCUGGUUCAUUUUCUGGCAAACAAAAAAGCCACUUGACGCUACAAUGAGUUCUCAGAACGAGAAACUACAAAUAGAUCUAUGAGGAAAUACAUGUCUACUAUGGAUUGCAGCAACAGAUUCCCGAUAUUCAAAAAUGGUCUUUGUUCAUUCGUAACACACAAAGCAGCAGUUUUUUCAAACCCUGCAAGCUAUAACAAUAAUAAUAAUAAUAAUAAUAAUAAUAAUAAUAUCUGUUCCAUGGCACUUUCCAGUUUUAUAGUUGCAUGGCUGAGAGGCUAAACAUUAAAGUUGCGUCUUCAUAACUGUCUGCAUUUGAAUCUGCCUGCAUUUGAAUGUAAGAAUCCCUUAGUGCAGAUGCAGGUUCCCCUUUGACGAUGGGACUUCUGCACGUACAUUUCAUCUGUCUCUGCUGAAACCAUCAUCAGCUUGGGUGAUGCCUAGUGACAAAAUACAGGGAUGAAAUCUAUCACGGCCAAAGUCAGGAGAAGGUCAAGAAUAUUAUGUUCAUAUAUGCCUUGCUGGUUUUGACUUGUAUCUAAAAUGUAUAUAGAUAAAAACAAAAGGAGGCAGCUUCCCUUUCCAUUUCAAUGUUCAACAUGCUAUGCUCAGUGCACCUUUUAAUUCAUUUUCAGUAUAAUGUAAAAUGAAAAAAGGUUCUGAAUAGCGCCGCCUUUAACUUGCUCAAUUGAACAACAGCUGCAAGGAACAAUGAGGGUCCUUGAGAUUUCUUGGCAAAAGAUCCCAUAUGGUACAGUAAGCCACUAGGCCCGGUCGGUUGACUAGCAGCAGAGCUUCCUUUGGUUCACGAAAACAUUUGUAUGUCUUUUCAUUGCCAUUUGAGAGGCAUCAUUUGUGACAUUUCAUUCACUUCUGUAUGCCAUUGUCAUACAAUCUGGCCCUUCCGGUUAUGUUUGGAGGUUGUUAUUUAUACUCAGAACUAUGCAAUGUUUUAUUUCAUAAUAAACAAAUAUAUUUCCUCAUUAGGUUUCUAGAACUGAGGAAAUUUACUUUUUUUUUUUUUUUUUUUCAUUCCAUAACGGCUGGACCAGUCCUAGUUCACGGGAGAUUUUUUGCCCUUUAUUGUUAGUUUUUAUUCAUAAUAGUAAUGGGUUGUUGAUUACCUUUAUUUAUUCUAGAAUUGUAGAAAAUGAGUAGUAACUAAUUAUUUGUUUUCCUUGGUUCCAUUCCUUUUUCCUUGCUCCCAACCCAGUAAAGGUCAUGACUCCUUUGUGCAUUCAUUUCUAACUUUAAACUGUUCUUAAUUAUCUACUCUUGGGCAAUACAUUUUGUUAUUUUGGGAAUCUGCGACUUACCAUUUGUGUAUUGGUGGAAGCUGUGCCUAUUAGGCCACUGCAUAGGAGAUCACAGCUUAGAAGGAGGAUGCAUUAACUGCUACCCUGGUGGUCCUUUUUCCCCAAAAUCAACUCCUGACAUCGACCUGUGUUUGCAUAGUUCUACAUUUUACAGUAUGUGCCUGCAAUUGGGGUUGUUUGAAGGGAUGCCAAAUCUGCCAGUCAUGAUAGUUUGGCUAACUUUCAUACUUGUUCCUUAAUACUGAAAGGUACUCGUAGGACAUGUACAUUAAUGUAGAACUAAACAAUUUCAUUCUGUAAAGCCUAAAAAUGACACUUCACAGUUUUAUUGCACAUUAUAUUUAGUAAUUAUUUUGACGUUUGAAACUGAGUGAGAGCAUUCAGGAAACUAAUGUCUGAUCUGAGGGGCCAAAAAAAGACACUGCUAAUGGUCUAUUGAUCUCUACCAAUGUCAAUUCUUAUAUUACAGAACCAAUCAAAGUGGGUGUACUGUAUGUUAGUUGUAAAAGAUGGGAUACAAAAAAUUGCACCCUUCAUGUUCCUUUUCUAAGUUUGUAAUUACCUGCGCCGUAUACUUAUGACCUUAGAGCACUGAAUAGGGUGUCAAAUCUCUUCUUUAUUGCACAAUAGAGGGCUGAUAUUGAGCAAUGGACAUAAAAGUGUUAUUUAUAUUUAAAAAAAAUCACUGAGAGAGGCCUCUUAACAGAUGUACAUAAUGUUGAUGUUUUCUUUUUUCCUAGUUGUGGUUUCCCUUGUAUAAAUAGGCCUACUGUAUGUUUUUGGGGGCUUGAAGCUAUGGCUGCAGAUGAGCCUCAAGGAACUUUCUCAUCAAAGGGAUGGAUGCAUUGUUAAUAAAAAAAAUUUAAAAAAAAUCA